CAGAGAAAAAGCCUCAUUGAUUUCCUGGUGGCAGAAUGACUCUGCUCAUGUUGAUGCUGGUUUUUCUGCUUCAGAAUGGAGGCAUCAGAGGAAAGAUCUGUUUCUAUCAUCUCUAUCAGAGACCUGGAAAAGAUGUCUUGUUACCCUGUCUUCAGGAAUCAUUAUCUUAUAUCAGAUGUUCAAGUUUUACCUGGCUUUACAACAAAGAUAACAAUGGAACUUCUACUGAUGUUCGUGAUGGAGAAGUUGAGAAGAGCUCACCCCGAGCUGCCAGACUGAGUCUGGACACUAACUGCUCUCUGAUCAUCAAUAACAUCACAGCUGAGGACGCUGGUCUGUACACCUGUAGAUAUUUGACAGACACUAACUGGGACACACAGGUGAUUCUUAACAUUUUGACAAUUUCACCGUCAUCUACAGACACAGAUCCAAAUAAAGAUGGAGAAGUGACAUUAAGUUGCUCCAUGUUCAAAUAUGAGAAACCGUGUAAACUCAGGAGUCUCCGCUGGGUGGAUGAGACGGGAGCUGAGCUGGUUGGUGAAGGUGAUGGUUUCAAGUAUGGAGGACAGACAAACUGUGUUUCUUAUCUGACUGUGAAGCUUCAGACUGAACACAGCAGAAGAUACACCUGCCAGUAUGUUGAUGGAACAGCUGUGAAGAUCGAGGCUCACUACUCAAUUGUGUCCUCAGUGUCACCAACAGAUUCCACCGACUGGUCUCCUCUGAGAUACACCAUGUGGGCUCUGCGCAUCUCAUUAUUGAUCCUCAUGAUGGUCAUCACGGCUCUGAUCAUCAGAGGCAGAGGAAGCAGCAGGCAGCUCAGAAACAACAGAGUUCGUUACAUCAAGACUGAUGAUGGUGGAGCAGUGAACUAUGAAAAUGUAGAACAGCGUCUGUCUCCUUCCACGCUGCGCUGAUCUCCAGCAAUAACAACUCUCCAUGCUAACAUGAACUGUUUUGAUUCCUCGCUGAAAAAUUCAACAUGCUGACAGAUUUUAGGAUUAAUGUCUCUUUCAUACAGAUGAGGUUAACAGGUUGUAGGUUUCAGAUCCAAAGAAGAUUAAAUAUGCUGACUUUGAAUCCUUGAGGUUUAAGACUAGAAAGCCAGAAACCUCAGGCUCAACAUGGACUCUGACAGCUCUCAGAAACAGAAGCUCAUGUUUAUUUGAGAGGUGUGAUGAUAAUCAAUUCAAAUCAUUGUU